AUGGCGGGCCUCACAGAAAAGUUACCAUGAACCGACUUUCCGGAAUUCCCUUGGCGCUGCGGCCUCGUAGCAAAAGGAAACCGAGAGGAAGGCGACGACGAUUGGCCUGCGGUGAUGUUAGCGGGCAAGCACCUUCAGCCUUUAAGCCCAACCAGAUGAUUUGUCUGCAGGUUGGAGGCCUUCAGCGCAUUUCACUAGACCUCUGUCUGUAUCGGUCCAGUUAGCCAAGCUUUGAUUAAGGAUGACUUCCUUGUUUGCUCAAGAAAUUCGCCUUUCUAAAAGACAUGAAGAAAUAGUAUCACAAAGAUUAAUGUUACUUCAACAAAUGGAGAAUAAAUUGGGCAAUCAACACACAGAAAAGGCAUCUCAGCUCCAAACAGUUGAGACUGCUUUUAAAAGGAAUCUUAGUCUUUUAAAGGAUAUAGAAGCAGCAGAAAAGUCACUGCAGACCAGGAUUCACCCAAUUCCACGGCCUGAGGUGGUUUCUCUUGAGACUCGUUACUGGGCAUCAGUAGAAGAAUAUAUUCCCAAAUGGGAACGGUUUCUUUUAGGAAAAGCACCAUAUCCUUUUGCUGUUGAAAAUCAAAAUGAAGCAGAAAAUACCAUUCAAAAUGAGGCAUAGCGAUAACUUCUUCCCUUGGUAUUUCGAAAAGCCUGUUUAAUACAGCUGGGUGUUAAGGAGUAUGUAGGUAAUUGCAGGAAAUUUAGCAAUUAAAUAUGUUCAUAUUCUCCAUUAUGUCCUAAGUGACAGUGAAGAUACGAGAAUUUACUGGCAAGCCUCAUGUUGUCACCUAUUACCAUUUCAAGGUCCCGAAUGUGUUAAACACUAAUAUUAAAAAGUGGACUCUUUAUUAAAAAAAAAAAAAAAAAAAAAAAAA